AGCGCAGACGCCGCGGCGGACGAACGUCAAGGCUGGUUUUCCCGCGAAAGCCGGCUUGUAGGGGACCGAGGUUCCUGUGGCGCGGCGCUGAGAGGUGAGGGACCGAGGUGCAGUCAUGUCGGGCUUCGACGACCCCGGCAUUUUCUACAGCGACAGCUUCGGUGGCGACCCGGGCGCCGACGACGGCCAGGCCCGCAAGUCGCAGCUGCAGAGGCGCUUCAAGGAGUUCUUGCGACAGUAUCGAGUGGGCACCGACCGCACGGGCUUCACCUUCAAGUACAGAGAUGAACUGAAGCGGCAUUACAACCUGGGGGAAUACUGGGUCGAGGUGGAGAUGGAGGACCUGGCCAGCUUUGACGAGGAGCUGGCCGACUACUUGUACAAACAGCCAGCCGAGCACCUGCAACUGCUUGAGGAAGCUGCCAAGGAGGUAGCAGAUGAGGUGACCCGACCCCGGCCUGCAGGUGAUGAGCAGCUCCAGGACAUCCAGGUCAUGCUCAAGUCAGAUGCCAGCCCAUCUAGCAUUCGGAUUCUGAAGUCAGACAUGAUGUCACACCUGGUGAAGAUCCCCGGCAUCAUCAUCUCAGCCUCUGCGGUUCGUGCCAAAGCUACUCGUAUCUCCAUUCAGUGCCGCAGCUGCCACAACACCCUCACCAAUAUUGCCAUGCGUCCAGGACUGGAGGGCUAUGCUCUCCCCAGGAAGUGCAGUAUGGAUCAGGCAGGGCGCCCAAAGUGCCCACUGGACCCUUACUUCAUCAUGCCUGAUAAGUGCAAGUGUGUAGACUUCCAGACCCUGAAACUUCAGGAGCUUCCUGAUGCAGUGCCUCAUGGUGAGAUGCCCAGGCACAUGCAGCUCUACUGUGACAGGUACCUGUGUGACAAGGUUGUUCCUGGGAACAGAGUCACCAUCAUGGGCAUCUAUUCCAUCAAGAAGUUUGGAAUGAACUCCGGCAAAGGCCGGGACAGAGUGGGUGUGGGCAUCCGGAGUUCCUACAUCCGGGUCCUGGGCAUCCAGGUGGAUACAGAUGGCUCUGGCCGCAGCUUUACUGGGUCUGUCAGCCCACAGGAAGAGGAGGAAUUUCGUCGCCUGGCUGCCCUCCCCAACAUCUAUGAGCUUAUCUCUAAGAGCAUUUCCCCUUCCAUCUUUGGGGGCGUGGAUAUGAAAAAAGCUAUAGCCUGCCUACUCUUUGGGGGUUCACGGAAGAGGCUCCCUGAUGGACUCACUCGCCGAGGUGACAUCAACCUGCUGAUGUUGGGGGACCCUGGCACAGCCAAGUCACAGCUUUUGAAGUUUGUGGAGAAGUGCUCUCCCAUUGGGGUAUACACAUCUGGAAAAGGCAGCAGUGCUGCUGGCUUGACUGCCUCAGUGAUGCGGGACCCCUCUUCCCGAAACUUUAUUAUGGAAGGUGGAGCCAUGGUUCUGGCUGAUGGUGGGGUUGUCUGUAUUGAUGAGUUUGACAAGAUGCGGGAAGAUGACCGUGUGGCAAUCCACGAAGCCAUGGAACAGCAGACUAUCUCCAUUGCCAAGGCUGGGAUCACUACCACCUUGAACUCUCGCUGCUCUGUUCUGGCUGCAGCCAACUCAGUGUUUGGCCGAUGGGAUGAGACAAAAGGGGAGGACAAUAUUGACUUCAUGCCUACCAUCUUGUCCCGAUUUGACAUGAUCUUCAUCGUCAAAGAUGAGCACAAUGAGGAGAGGGACAUGAUGCUGGCCAAACAUGUAAUCACUCUGCAUGUGAGUGCCCUGACACAGACACAGACUGUGGAGGGUGAGAUUGACCUGGCCAAGAUGAAGAAGUUCAUUGCCUACUGCCGAGCGAGGUGUGGCCCUCGGCUGUCGGCAGAGGCAGCAGAGAAGCUGAAGAAUCGUUAUAUCAUCAUGCGGAGUGGGGCCCGUCAGCAUGAGAGGGACAGUGAUCGCCGUUCCAGCAUCCCCAUCACUGUGCGGCAGCUGGAGGCUAUUGUGCGCAUUGCUGAGGCCCUAAGUAAGAUGAAACUGCAGCCCUUUGCCACUGAGGCCGAUGUGGAGGAAGCACUGAGAUUAUUCCAGGUGUCCACACUGGAUGCUGCGUUAUCUGGCAAUCUGUCAGGAGUGGAGGGCUUCACUACCCAGGAGGACCAAGAGAUGCUGAGCCGCAUCGAGAAGCAACUCAAGCGCCGCUUUGCCAUUGGCUCCCAGGUGUCUGAAUACAGUAUUGUUCAGGACUUUACCAAGCAGAAGUAUCCAGAACAUGCCAUUCGGAAGGUGCUGCAGCUUAUGCUGCGCAGGGGUGAGGUCCAACACCGCAUGCAGCGCAAGGUGCUCUACCGCCUCAAGUGAGCUCACUACCCAUCAGCCCUCAAACCUGAAUGCCAGCUCCGCUCCACCUCCCAGUUGGUGUUCGCCAUUCUAAGGAAGAGGUUCUGCCUCACCGCCUCUGACUGCUGUCUGCAGAUGCACUGGUCCUGGAAGUGUGCUUUGGUCUCUUGGUCUCAUCACUGCGCUCGGGUGCAUGAGUUUCGCUGUAGGUGCCUAUCUCCUGUCCUGUCUCCUCAGCAAGACAGGUCUGGAGCAAGAAGAGGCUCUGUAGGUAGACAAGUCUGUACAUUGGCUCCUGGGCUGCCUGACUGCCAAGCUUCUUCAUGUGCUCAGAGGGAAUAAAUAAAGUCAGUUCCUGGCUGCUAAUCGUA